UGUGUAUUACACCGAGAACGUUAGAGGAAAGAUGAAGUAGCACGAAUGCGCGUAUGUAUUUUUCUUUUUUUUCCUUUUUUUUGCUAUAUAUUAAUAUAGUUACUAUAUUUAACAGAGAGAGAAGUGUGUGUGUGUGUGUGUGUGUUGUGCAUGCGCGCGCGUUCUGUGUACGUGUGAGAGAGAGAGAGAGAAAGAGUAAGAGUGAGAAAAAAAACGAAAGAGUGAAUCAAUAGGAGGAACAAGAAAAGAGAAAAUAUAAUUCAUUGAACGCGACAAAUUUAAUCAAAAUACGCACUCACGUAAGUUUAAUAUCCGACACGAUUUAUACCGAUCAACAAGAGACGACAUACACAUUUUCUUCUCCCGUGUAAGAAUACACGAAUACGAAUAUGUAUAUACAUACAUACAUACGGACAUUGAUACAUACGACCGUACACUUGGUGAGAUUAAAGCGGUCAGUAGGUUUUUUUAAUUGAUCAGAAAUUUCUACUUGUUGUCGGUUUAAACAAAGGUAUUCCGUCUGAUCUGUGCCAAAUUAACACGUAGACUUACUUUUUUUCGUUCCUCCGUUAGAAACAUACGUAGUUUUUCCAUGUGCGUACAUACAUACAUGCAUACAUACACACAUAUAUACGUACAUACAUACAUACAUACAUACAUACAUACAUACAUACAUACAUAGGUCGAUGUAAUGAAAAAGCAGAGGUCGAUCGAGUCGUCCAACGCGUCGUAUCAGAAUCGAUCGUUCUUCUCCUCCAUCAUCGACUCGUCGAUCCUAACGAACCCUUUUUCGACUGAGAUGAUCCUCAUGGAUCUAUGAAAGAUGUGUGUCACAUGUUUUUUCUACGUUAAGAAUUAAAAAAGGGAAAACGCGAGCAACGAUAACGUUCGGAUAUGUAUCUAACGUUUUCGAAUGAAGAAAAAGAAAAAAGAAAAGAAAAGGAAAAAAAAUGAAAAAGAAAAAAAAAAUACAAACCCGCACUUUGGAUCCUUUUUACCUCGUAUAAUAUAUACGUACUUACUUUCGUAUGAUAUAUACGUAUAUUUAUAUAUACGUAAUCGACCGGAUGUUUUUUUUACGAUUAUACAUACGUAUAUAGAAAUAUACGUAUAAAUAUAUAUAUAUAUAUAUAUAUAUAUAUACUACACACGUAUACAUAUACAUAUGCAUGCAUAAGCAUACAGAGAAGUAAUUGAACAUUUUCUCGUGCCUUUUGAAGGGAGGAACGAUCGAGUUCGCGGGCCGAAACGAUCGAUAGAUCUGUGACAGAAGAGAUCCAGUAAAAUUAUUCAUGAAACGCACAUACGAUAUAUGCGAGCGUAUUUAUAAAGCGUGUCCUAUACGUUCAGAAUUUACUUACUUUUAAUUUAUUUUUUUUCUCAACCAGUUAAGAUCCAACUCACACAGACCAUUGACGACGCAUUAACGUUAUCUUUCGAUCGCGAAUACUAUUAACUAUAUCGUUACUAUUAUCGCUAUUAUUACUAUUGUUAUUGUCACUGCUGCCGCCGCUGCUGCUACUAUUACUAUUACUACUAUUACUAUUACUACUACGACUACUAUCACAAUACUAUUACCACUACUAUUAUCACUGCUAUUGCUAUUACUAUUCCUAUUACUAUCACUAUUGCUGCUGCUCCUAUUAUUCCUAGUACUGGUACUACUAAACUAUUACUACUACUACUAUUACUACAACUACUACUACUACUACUACUACUACUAUCACUACUAUACUACUACUACACUACUACUAUUAUUACUACUACUACUACUACGACUACUACGACUAUUACUACUACUACUAUCACUACUACUAUUAUUCUUACUAUUACUAUUAAUUAUUAACUUUUUCCACGAUGACGUUAAACGAUGUAUAAGAGCGAUGUAUAAGAGUUAAAGCGUAUGUAUGCCUAAGAGAAAUUAAUUGUAGGGUAUUCGUUAAGUAUGUAAGUAAGUAAAUAAACGAACAAGGAUGUUACUAAACCAUAUUGUCGAACCACAUACGUCAUGUUACUCGUAUACUCUUCUCGCAUACACAGAAACACGAUCAUGGACAUACAUACAUAAAUGCACACGAAAUGUUAAACAGACUUUAAUCGAGUUAAAACAUUUCUUGUAUUUUAAGUACGUAGGAAUAUAGAUAAAUACGCGAUGGAAAAUACAAGUUAUUAAUAAUAGUAUCUAUAGGUAAAUGUCAAGCUAAUCUUUAAUUGUAUUGUGUGUAUAUAUUAUUUAGCGACAUCGUUACAUGCGCGAUUACCUAAGGUAACUUUUACGGAAGUAGGAAUACGUAUGUUAAGAGAGUAUGUAUGUGUAUAUUUGUGCAUUUUUAUUUGUGUUUGUACAUGUGAGACAAAGAAAGAUAAGUGAGUGAAAGGAGAGAGUGAGUGAUAGAAAGAGAGAGAGAGAGAGAGAGAGAGAGAAAACGAAUAAGUGUGUUAAUCGAAGAUUUCGAAGAAAGAUCGUUUUCGCGGCAGAUACAAGUACACACACAUGUGCGGACACGCAUAUUUAUAUAUACAUUCGAGAUAUAUACAUACAUAUUAUAUAUAUAUAUAUAUACAUGUAUGAUGUAUAUUUUUAUGUAUGUAUUAUGUAUAUAUACAUACAUGCACGCGCACGACAUCGAUCAUCGAUCAAUCAUCGUUAGCGUCAUUUCGUUGACACUGGUAAAUAAAUUUAAAAAAAAAGAAAAAAGGAAAAAAAAAGGAGAACGAAACGAAACAAAAAGGAAAAGAAAAGACAAACAAGUGCAAAAACUUCCUCGCGAGAGGCGAACUGCGACAUCGAAAAGGCUCGAACGUAUUGUACUCUGGCAGCCAAUAACAAAUGCGUCAAUCUAAUUCAUGGUUUGGACGUAGGAAAAUGUUAACUUUUUUUCCAUCGAUCAUUAGCAUUAUUCUAUUCGUAUGAAGUAAAAUAUGAUCGUGUGUUAGAAAUUUUAAUAAAAAGUGCGACACAUUUCUAGAGGCACACGAGCGAGUAUGUAUGCGUGAUUGUUUAUUUAUUUUUUAUUUUUUUUAUUAUUUAAAAAAUAUAAUUAAAUAAGAAUAAAAGAAAAAAAAAUGAAAUUUGGGCUUCUAUAAUUAGCCUGAAUAAUCCAAUUUUAGAAUCUUACAGUAUGCGUGUAAAUAUUUCUGGCGCGCGAUCAUACUUUUCUUUCUUUCUUUCUUUCUUUUUUUCGUUUUAGAAUAGAAUAAAAUCGAUGGAAGAGGAAAUUUUUUUUCCAAUUAUUGACUGCCGGUCUACAAAAAUUCUACUAUUCUUUUCUAUAUAGAGACGUUUGAAAUAGGAGAAGAUAAAGAAGGUAGAUAAAAGAUUUUGUCGAAACGACGUCGUCGUCGUCGUUCGAUCUUCGAUUCGAUUUUAAACGUCGAUCGAUCUAUCGUAUUAUUGUAAGUUAUAUACAAAGAUAGAAAGAGAAGAUCUCUUGUUGUGUUAAAUUCGACGAUUUCGCGCACAAGUUUGUUGCGUACUCGUGACACGCUCGAUACAGCGAGCGACUCCUUCGAGAUUACAACUAUAUAUAUAUAUAUGUGUGUGUGUAUAUAUUUAUAUGUAUAUAUAAAUAUAUAUAAAUAUAUAUAUAUCUAUAUAAUAAUAUUGUAUGAAAAAGAAUUUCAUAGAGACCCUCGAAAAUAUUGUGACGACGAGAAAAGAGCGUGAUCACGUAUGUACGCGCGUUUUAAGAUGAAGGAUUAAAAGAAAAAAAAGAAAAAAGAAAAAAAAGGAAAAAAAAAAUGCGGCGGAUGAAAAAAAGAGGAAAGAAAAAGAAAAAAUCGAACCUUCGAAAAACAUAUUUCGAAGGUUUUAUUUUUCUCUCUCCUUAAAAAUUUACGUACAAAGCAAUCUAGACGUCGAUAUUCGCGGGAGGACGCAGGAGGGCCUAAUCGAGGAGUCGAGUGUAAUAUUUCAUUUUUUUAUUAUCGUUAUUCUUUUCUUUUCAUUUUCAUCAUUUGUCAUUACGUCAUUCCACAUUUUAUUUACGUGCACCUUAUCUUUUUUUUUCCUUCUUCUUCUUCUUCUUCUUUUUCUUUUUUUUUUCUUUUCUUUUCGACUCCAAAUGCGUUAUCACGCGAAACGACUCCGAUAGUUUUCUACGACUGCGUACCCACUUAGAUAUCUCUAAAGGGCGCUUCCAUGUACACCGAUUGAUAUGUGGAUAUGCGUUUGUAGAAAAAAAGAUGGAAGAAAAAAAAGAAAUAUGUAUACGAGAGUGUGAGAGGCGUAAUAUCGCGUCGCACACCCAUAUAAAGAAGACAUACACACACACACACACACAUACGUACGUACACGUGCGUUCUUAUGCAUACGUUGCAACCUGCAUUCGCGUGUAUUCAUUGCAGGUAAUACAUAUACAUACAUACAUAGGUACACGUAAACACGUACACGCACGUACGCCGCUUAGUAGCGAUUAGAAGAAAAGCUUAACCUUCCUAAGGCUUUCGUACGUGAUUAGUAACUUUUUUUCCUUUGCUUAUUUUUUACUUUUUUCUUCUUUUUCUUCUUCCACGUGGCGUUGAUUCGACUGUUCCUUUCAUUUUUUUAUUUCUUUAUAUUCUUCAAUCUCAUCAAAUCGUUUUUUUAAUAUCUUAGAAAUUACAUCGUAAACAAUUCUUCGUAAAAAAUAACGCAUUCGUUCUAUCGUGGGAUCUUUUUUCCUUUUUUUUUUUUUUUAAUUUUUUUGACAUAUUUUGCAAAGUUAAUUUGUUUUCUUUUUUCUUUUCUUUUAAUCGUUCUCGUUGAAUUAGUACACGGAAAAUAGAGAAAUUAGCGAGAGAGAAAGAGAGCGCGCGAGAGAGAGAGAGAGAGAGCGAGAGAGAGAGAGAGAGAGAGAGAGAGAGAGAGAGAGAAAUAGAUAGAUAGAUAGAUAGAGAAGAAGAACGAUCGUCUUGGGAAAGCUAAGAAUCGAAUUUAGUUGAUGAUGAUGAUGAUAAGAUGAUAUUCGAAGCGUUGCGUUCGUACGAAUAAUCGACGUAACUUAUAUAGAUAUUUACGUCGGUUCGAGAUUUUAUAAGACGAAAAAAAAAAAGAAAACGUUAUACUUUUUCUCGCCUACUAUUCGAGAGAGGACGUCCAUUGUCGAGAAGUUACUCGCGGAAUUUAAACGAGUCCGGAUCGUCCAAGCGAAAUUAGAUUCCUUAGACUCGUCGGUCGGGAACUUAAGAAAUGAAAUUUCGCUGGUGCGAAUUCCAGGUUUCGUAAAUCAAGUAAUCUCGAACAUGUUAACGAUUGCAUUUCAUUUCUCCUGUUCCAACUGUGAAAGUACGAGGCAAAGAUAUUCGAUAACUUCCUUUUUCUACUGUUACGUCGCGCUUACGUAAUCUUUUUGUAAGCUCGUUGACCGUCGUUAAAGAAAGAAAGAAAGAAAGAAAGAAAGAAAAAGAAAAAAGAAAAGAAAAAUGGAAAGAAGGAAAAAAAAUCUUGAAGAAAUAAAUAAAUAAGUAAAUAAAUAAAUAAAUGAAUGAAGAAAUAAAUAAAUAAGUAAAUAAAUAAAUAAAUAAAUAAAUAAGUGAAUGAAUGAAUGAAGGAAUAAAUAAGUAAAUAAAUGAAUAAAUAAAAUAAAUAAAUAAAUAAGAGAUACGCCUCGAGGUUCGUCGGUAGAUUUUUGAGGUGGAUCGUGCUUUCACAAGAGGGACAUCGACUGUUUCCCUGUACAAAACGCAUUUUUUGCUUUCCCUUGUGUCCACCCCCAACCGCCCACCCACAACGGGAACGUUAUGUACGAUGUACGUCAUUGACCUGUCACGCGUAAAGAACGACGAUUUCAUAUUCUUCGAUCUCGAGGGAAUCGCUUGCGAAAGAAUCAAAUUUUUUAUUUAUUCUUUUUUUUUUAUUUUUCUCGUCGUUUCUUUUUUGUAUUCUCUUUUUUUUUAUUCAUAUACAUACACGACGUUUUCAAUUUUUUUCGUCGAGGUGAUCGAAGAAAUUUUAAGAGACCUUUGCGUUUGGUAAAUAUAAUUUCUAUCGCGAGACACUCGAUAUAUAUCCAAUUAGUUUCGUUUGAUUCGAGAUUAAAGUGAAAUCAUCGUUCGUCCUCGAGAUAUGUCAGCGGCGACAAAAUGUCGAUAUAAGAGAAAGAGAAAGAAAGAGUGAGAGAAAGGGAGAGAGAACUAGUGGGUGUUAGAGUGGGAGAGGACAAGGGGAGAGAGACAGAGAGAAAAAGACUCGUUCUAAAAUUUUAGAAGAAAGAGCGAGCGCGUUAUUAGCGGAGAAACUAUACGACAAACGUGGUUUUACAUUUUAAGGUUAAAAAUAAUUAAUGGAAAAGUAAACAAAAAGAAGAAAAAAUGAAAAUAAGGAAAUCGGGUUGAAAGGAGAAACAAAAAACAAAAGGAAAAAAAAAAGAAAGAAACAUUUAUACUUUCGUUGCAAAUGGCGACCGACGGCGACCUGGCUGACCUCAGAGUGAAAUGAAGUUCGAGAGUGAUCGAUCCCCGUCGAACGAAAUCGUCUCUCUUUAUGGAAAUAGCAUGAAAUGAUCUUGAGAAAGAGAAAAAAAAAAUAUAAAAAUCGCGUAUACAUUUGUGCUCGCUCAUAGAGUAAUAUUAAUAUACAUGUGUGUGAUAGAACGAUAUUGAUAUAUUGCUAAUCGCGCGUGGAUGUAAUCUCUACGAUAAAGAGAAAAGCGAUUAUUAUAAUUGAAAUGUGUAUUUCCAAUGAUGAGACUUCGACGGUAAAAAAAAAAAAGAAAAAAAAAAGAAAAAGAAAAACGAAGAAAAAUAUUUGGCAAAGGACGACGCUCAUAUUUACAUAUAAAAGGAUGACUCGCGUAAUUUGUUGAUUAUCGAUGUUCCGACUCGAUUACGUUCGUAUCAAUAAAACGGAAAAUUUAUAUUUUUCGAAUAAAUACAAACUUUACUACGAUUGCAACGAUCGUCGUGCGAACGAAGAUUUACAAGAAUUAUCUCAAAUCUUUGAAGAUUUUCAAGUUAUCAAUUUUCUUGUUUCUUCUUCUUUUUUGUUCAACGUUUAUACAAACAUUUCGUUCACUUGAAAAUAAUGAAUAAUCGAAUCAUUUAUGCGAAUCAUCCCUAUGUACGAGCCACGAACAAAUCUAUUUUAUUUUUCUAUCGAGGACAUAUCCCCGGCCCUUUCGGUCGCCACGGGCUCGAUCAAACCAAAUGAGAAUAAUUCAUUAGCGCGAUCCGUUGAGUGUAGCGAAAAGAGAAAAAAAAAAUAGCGAAAUGCGUGCGUGCUUGCAAUGCUAAGAUGAGCAAGAAAGAGAGAGAGAGAGAGAGAGAGAGAGAGAGAAAGAGAGAGAGAGAGAGAGAGAGAGAGUAAAAGAGCGAGAAAAAGAGAACAUUAAUAAGAGUGAGAGAGAAACGACGUAAAUUACGAUUUAGAGUAUGAAUGUGUCGAAGACGAAAAAACGAAAGAGAAUGGAAAAGAGCGAGAGAGAUAGAGGAAAAUGGUGGGUGAGAGGUAGAUAAAGAUGAAUGAGUAAUUAACGUUACAUGUUAAUUAACGUCAUAUGAUAAGAAAAGAUGGCUGAUAUAGAGUAAGCAACACGUUCCGGAUAUGUUUUUUCACACUGCGGAACAGAAAUUGACCGUUACGAUCUUACGCGUGAGCUUGUAUGUGAAUGAAUGAAUGAAUGAAUGAAUGAAUGAGAGAGAGAGAGAAAGAGAGAGAAAGAGAAUGAUAUUAUUACGCGAGCUAACAAGUCGAAUAGUAUAACUCGUGAAUCGGAGAUGUUUUCUUUUAUUAAUCUCCGAGGAAUCGAGGAAAUACAUGAAUCUUCUUUUUUUCCUUCUUCAUUAUUUCUUUUUUCUCUCUCAUACUCUCUGUGCCGUCAGAGACAAAAACCGUGUUAAGGGAAAUGUGUAAACGUCGUAUUGUAUUUACAUACUUACAUAGAUAUGUAUGUAUGUAUGGAUGUAUGUAUGUAUGUAUGUAUGUAUGUAAAAAAAUGAGUGACGAAGAAAUGCAAAUCUGGGAGAGACGUCGAGGCUCGUUAAAUCUUUCUUCGAUUUGCAUUUGAAAAAGGGGUGAUGGAGGAGAGGGGAGGAGAGAGGGUGAAGAGAAGACAAACGAAAUGAAAUAGUAAUAAAAAAGAACUAACGAACAAACGAACAAACAAAUAAAUUAUGCGCGAGAGAUGUUGGCGAGCGACGUCGACGUAACGAUGCGUGUAUAUAUUUCUAAGCGCGAUUAGAAAUAUCCACGAUUUUCGCUCCAUCCGAAACGAUCGCGCAAAUGUGAAUUUAUUUUAUAUAUUAUUGUGUAUUAUUAAUAAUAUUAUUAUAAUGAUUAUUAUUAAUAUUAUUAUUAUUAUUAUUAUUAUUAUUAUUAUUAUAUUACGAUUACGGUUAUUAUAUUUUUAUUAUUUUUAUUAUUAUUACUAUUAUUAUUAUUAUUACUGCUAUUAUUAUUAUAUAUUAUUUUUAAUAUUAUUAUUAUUAUUAUUAUUAUUAUUAUUAUUAUUAUUAUUAUUAUUAUUGUCGGAGUAAGAAGUAUAAAAAACAAAAAGUAAAGUUCCUUGAAAAUUUGAGACGGAAAGCGCGUUUCGAGAUAUGACGUGACGAUAAUUCUCGUUAUAUUCUAAUAAGAUGGAUAAAUUCUAUCUUUUCGUUGGAUGAAGCCCCUUGGCAGCAAAACUCGAAUCACGUUUUCCGUAUCACGAGAACAGACUGCCAUUGAGUUGGACUUUUUUUGUAAUAAAUGCAUAUAAACCGAAGGGCAGAAUACAUUGCUGAGAGAGUAUGUAAGUGUGUGAAUGUAAGAAAGAGAAAGAAAUAGAGAGAAAGAGAGAGAGAGAGAGAGAGAGAGAGAGAGCGACCGAGCGACCGAGCGACCGAGCGAAAAAGGAGUAGGAGAAUGCACUUGUAUGAGAGAAAAAGAGAGAAAGAGAGAGAGAGAUAUGCUCGCAUACACGUGUUUGGUCGUUAAAUAUUUUAUGAAAUAAAAUUGAAGAGAGAGAGAGAGAAUGAGAGAGAGAGAGAGAGAGAAAGAGAGAAAGGAAGCGUGCGUUAUGAUGUGUACGAAGCUGAUCGGAUUUCGAAAAGCGCAAGCGAUCAUCAUCGUUAAUAAGGAAAAAUAAUGUUUUUCUCUUCGAACUUCGGCUCGCGUCGAAAAAUAAACAUUUCGUUUCGCAUCAAUGAUUUUUCGAAAAGAAAGAAAAAAGAAAUAUGGAGAAAAUAGAAAGAGAACAGCUUGGUGUACUUGGAGAAAUA